UGAAGACACAGAAGCAGCUGGCGGCGCUUAAAUUCCGCUGCGAUAGAAUCUUCCGGUCGCUCUCAAAGGACUGGUUUGUCCAGCGAGAUAACAGCAACCGGUACGACCUGGUCCUGGCAAAGGGCCAGUGCCACCGAAACGCGAGCAAGCUGGUGAUGCUGUUUGUGCAGACGUGGUUUGUCAUGAACCGAUCACCAAAAAACAUCCCAGACAUGAUGGACGCCGGAGACAUGAAGGUACUGCACUUAUUUUGCCUUAUUUGUUGCUUUUUCGGUUUCGCACGUCCGUCUUGUAUUCAUUCUCCAACAUACCCUGGCUUGUAGACGACCGAUUUUUUUUCGAGAAUUGGCUAUUAAAUGACUGCACCAUGAUGUGUCGUUGCUGGCAUUAAAUUGCAUUGAAUAAAAAUACAAAAUCGGUAUCAUACAACAACAGGACAAGUUUGUGUGCGAUCUGUACGCUUGGUACGACCCGGAAACGGGGGACGUCACGGAGAGCAACAACAAUUCGCGCACCACGGGCGACCACCUGCCGCAGAAGCCGAGCUUCGAACUAAACACGCUGG